UUGUCUGUUACUCGAUUCUGUUGAUCAAGCAAGCUAGGCCAAAACAAAUCUGUAAUUUCUGUUUUCUACAAACAAUGGCAGCCGAGGAAAUAGGAAAAAGAGAAGGCUCAAGACCUGACAGAGCUUUCUCAUCCAAUGCAAAACCCGAGGCCAUCUCCUUUAGGACGACAUUCGACUUUAAAAACUUUGUAAAGACACACAUGCUAGUGGGAGAAAAUAACGAGGCCAAUGACAUAAUAUCUCAAUCAGCAGCCAUUGUUGGUCAGGAGGACGACGGUAGCAUGUUGCUAGUUUGGGAUGCACCCCUUAACGAUACCAUUGUCACUCAUUUUGGCAUAUAUCAUUCGUCAAGCCCUUCGUACAGGACCCUCUAUACUCAUGAGAAAAGAAUUAGAGUUUCAGGUGCAACAAUCGACUCCACCCAUUCUCUCCUUGCCUUUACUCUAUACGAGGACUUGUCUUCACCUGGGAUUAACUACGAGAGUUUUGUGGCCGAGAUAAAUCCAUGCAACCGUCUCCUUUCUCUCAACAUAUCCAGCCCUGACGUUCGUAAACUCCAGUUUGUUCAGUCGCCUACCCAAAGGAAGAAUGAUCAAAGAAAGGCCAACCUGCUUGUCAUUAUACCGGACAACUGGAUAUGCCUCUAUACCUUUCAGCUCAACUCCACCCACAAAGGAUGGAUAGUGAACGCCCAGCCUAGCAUGGAGGUCAUCGUUAAGAACGUCUCGUGGUAUCAAUGGCUACCAAAGCAGCACUGGCUUUGCUAUGCAAGAUUUGGUAGCACUCCGGCACAGGCAAAAAAAUCCGGGAAACAUCAUAUAUCAGAGAGCUCCGUUAUAUUGCAUGUCCUUAGUUUUCUUAAUGGAGAACAGAAGGUUCUAAUCACUGUUGCUUUACCUACUCCCUGUCCACAUACACAUUACACUAGAGCUAGUACUUAUUAUCCUUCUCCGUUGGGUUUCACUCUACCAGUUUAUGAGCUUAAUAUGAAGGUUCUUCACAGUCAUGAAGGUGUAUGGUGUGUGUGUUUGCAGCACAAGAAUGGCAUACUGGAGCCUCCUUCCUCCCCAUCCCAGCACAACUCGUUACCUUCAACUCCUACGAAGCUAGAGUACUCCAUAUACAACCUUCACAACGGCCAUGUUAUUGACCUAGAGGUAUUCCUGCCCAGCCCCUCCCACACUGGUCACUACAUACAAUUCAUGCUGCUAGGGAACUCGGUGGUAGCCUACGUCCCCGAUGUCAUGUUACAUGUAUUGAACAUUGGCGUCAAAACCGAUCCGUGCCACCAUAUUAUAUUGGACGGUAGCCGUGCCCCGCUAUUGCCAGGGAGCAGGGAACAGACAAAUGAUCCUGACCAGCCUGUCCUCGUUAAUGCCACUGCUGUUAGUAAAGCCACUAGCGAUGUGUCUUAUUCGCUUUUUGAUGUCAUGCAGCAGUCUUUUUACUCGUGUCGUUUAGAGUCGUCCGGGCUACUCGAAAUCUUCAAAGAGACUACAGAUGAAGAGCUCAAGUUAAGUCUAUUACAUUUUGUUAUAGUCGCUCUGCGGCAGUAUGAAGUUGCUGUCUACAUGAUUGAGAACAUCUGCCAGUCUCCUCUCACUCUAGACGCUUAUUGGUUAUUCCAAGAAUUCAUCAUCGCUCUUAGCUUUGCUAAUGUUCCCCCGGACUGCUCUCUCUUUCUCUUGAGGCACCUUCCUCUGACCAUGGGCCUUGCAUUUCAGGGGAAAAUGUACAAGAACAAAGAUGGGUCAAAGAAAGUUAUACUGCGUUGCACUGAAUUGCCCAAUCUAGUGAAACAGCUCUUGGUGCAGUCUGAUCAGAAGUUAGUCUCGCCUACUUCUGAUCUUUUGUUUGAUUACAUGAGGACUAGUACGGACACGCUGGGUCAUUUGUGUUACAAUGCUGUUGUGAGUCAGCCCUCGCAGUUUAAGAGAUUGAGUCUUGAAGACAUUGCCAAUCAAGUAAGGAUGCUCGCUCUUAGUACCCCGGCCGCCAGUGGAGGGAAGAGAAUAGGAACUGUGUCAAGAUCAGGUCGAGGUUUUGACAUUGUGAGUAGUUCCAGCAAGUCCGGUACCUUUGGGAAGAGUGGGAAAUUUAUGGGGAAGCUAAAGGAUUUUAUUAAUUCACCAAGACUUGGAAGACACGGUCUGUCUGGUAAGGGAAGCCCCUCGUGUCUCCCUUUCCUCCUUCCUGAUGAAGACCUGGAAGGUGCUUUGCUAAUCCGCAUGAGUCUCUUUCACGAUCGGUUCCUACAGAUGAUCACAUCAAGGUUUGGUCUUCGUUCAAAGCUAUCAACAGGAAUCAUGGUAGGCCAUUGUGAGACAUACUUGAAGGAACUGCAAGCCUCAUCUCACAUACUCUUACACAUCAUUUGGAAAAGUUUAAAGUUUACUAACGACUCGCAUCCACUAAGUGCAUCCAUUCACCGCCAGCCUUCAAUAGAAGAAGGGAUCCUGUUUGAGCUGCUAGAGUCCUUUUACACUGCUCAUAUAGAGCUAGGGAUUCCCACUCCGCCCGGUUUUCACACCCUUUUUGUAAGCAUGGGUUACAUGUGUCUUGAGCCGUCAGUUUUUGUACAGUAUCUUCAAAAUGAUGUUUUCAUUCCAACUAGACGCUUCCUUCAGAUGCUUUUCGGUAGCUGUGAUGCUGUUGAUGAGGUUUUCCUAUUUGAGGUUAUAGCGUGUCUUGAUUAUGAGCUUCAAGAGGUCGCCUUUGAUUUAUGGAAGCAUCCUAUGCUCCGUCAGAUGUUAUCAAGGGAGUCAGGUAGUUCUAGUUCAAAUAGUUUUAGCAAUACUCACAAGUAAACUGUUUUGGAGAAAAAAGGACAUGAAUUAUAUUUUAUGGAGUGUGUUUCUUUAUUUUGUGUAUGAGUAUGAUUAUAAUAGUUUAAUUAUUGUAAUCAUUAACAAUAAUUAUUUUAUUUAUAAACUCUUUGAAAGUGAAAAUUGGCAAUAUACA